AUGAAAUCUACAUCUCGAGAUGCUUCAGGUCGUUUUUGCGUAGCGCUGCCUUUCCGCGAUUUGUUUAGUGGAUCUGACCGGUGCCUAGACUCGUUAAGUCAUGGUCUGGGUGACUCACGUUCUAUUGCAUUAAAGCGUUUUUACAACCUCGAAAGGCGAUUAUCUAAAGACCGCGAACUGCAAGCCGCCUAUCAGAAAUUUAUGUCUACUUAUCUCGAGUUAGGUCAUAUGGUGCCGGCCCCGGAACCCGGAAAAUACUUCAUCCCGCACCACGCUGUAUUUAAGGCCGACGGUGAUGUAUCAAAAUUACGCGUUAUUUUUGACGCUUCAUCAGUUUUCUCGACUAGCCGUUCCUUGAACGAUGUGUUGUGCACCGGUCUCAAGCUGCAGGUCGAUCUGGGUGAUAUUGUACUUCGCUGCCGUAUGCAUCAAUACAUUUUGACCGCCGACAUCGUUAAAAUGUACCGGCAAAUCCUGAUCCGAUCCGAAGAUCGCGUGUUUCAACAUAUAUUUUGGAGCGACUCGCCCAACGACCAGCUUCAAGAAUUUCAAUUAUGCACUAUAACGUAUGGCCUGAACAGCGCGCCCUAUUUGGCGAUCCGUUGUUUACAUGAUCUUGAUGCCCAGGAUGGUCAUCAUUUUCCUUUGGCAAAAGGUGUGCUUACCCAAGCCGCUUAUGUCGAUGACAUAGUCCUCGGUGCGGACUCCGAAGAACUAUUGUUACGUUGA